AGUUUGAUUAGAAUGUGGUCACAGGUUGUACUCCUCGGUUCCUUGGCGCUGGCCUCGGCCCACGCCCAAGCCCACCCCGGCCCAGCCCAUCCCGGCCCCGCCCAUCCUGGUCCCGCCCACCCCGGCCCCGCCCAUGUGAGCCCCUCCCAUCCUCACCUGGCCGCCCACGUCAGCCCACAUGCCCCCAACCAAGGAGCCCACGCAUUCCCCGCCCAUGUUAGCCCGUCCUAUCCUCACCUGGCCGCCCACGUCAGCCCACAUGCCCCCAACCAAGGAGCUCAUGCCUUUCCCGCCCACGUGAGCCCCUCCUACCCACAACUGGCCGCCCACGUCAGCCCACAUGCCCCUAACCAAGGAGCCCACGCCUUCCCCGCCCAUGUCAGCCCCUCCUACCCACAACUGGCAGCCCACGUUAGCCCACAUGCCCCCAACCAAGGAGCUCAUGCCUUUCCCGCCCACGUGAGCCCGUCUUUCCCUAACAUCGCCGCCCAUAUUAGCCCACACACCCCUUUCCAGGCCGCCCAUGCUCUCCCUGCGGGCGUGGAUCCUUCCUGCGCCGGCAAGUAUCCUUUCUGUGAUUGAGGAGGAAAGAAUGCGAAGGAUAUGGAAGAGAAGGAGGAGAGGAGGAGAAUAUGAAAAAAAAAAGUGAGAAAAAAGAGAAGGGAGAAAGAUGAUAACGCUGUGGAUUGCGAAAGGAAUGUGGAGAGAGUGGAUGGAGAGAGAAAGAGAGAGGAGAGGAGGGGAAAAGGAAGCAGAAAUAGAGGAAGGAAAUAAGAAAGGGAAGAUGAAAGCGAGCCGCGAUAAAAAUGAAGAGCAGAUUAAUUGGAAGAUGUGAAAAGCCAAGGACGAACGAGGAAAUGUAAGAGAGAGAGAGAGAGAGAGAGAGAGAGAGAGAGAGAAACGUAUGUAUGGAAAAAAAAUGACCAAUGAAAUCAUACACUAUCAGAAACAAAUGAAAAGAAGAACACGGAAAGAAAAAGAAUAACUGAAAGGAGGAAAGAAAAAGAAAAAAGAAAGAAAGACAAACAGAAAGAAAGAAGAGAAAAAAAAAACUGAACAAACGAAACAAAAAAGAAGGUAUAAGAUAAAAAAAAAAAAACACGAAUAAGAAAAAUAAACUGAAAAGAAAACAAAUUAAAACCAGUGAUGAAUAUUCUCUCAAAUUUGUAAAUAUGACAAAGAAAAACAAAAAGACAAUCAAGAAAAUGUAAAUACGAAGAAAAUAAAUAAAGUACAUAAAUACAAAAAUAAAGCUGUAACAAUCUUA